AUGAAGCUGGUCAAGCAGUACAUCGAAAAAGACAAGUCAGGAUAUGUAACGCUCAUUCCUGAGGAGUUCGAGGACAUGUGGCAUGUUUAUAAUCUCAUUCAGAAGCACGAUCAGCUCCGAGCUGUCACUAUUCGUCGCAUCCAGUCUGAGAGUUCAACUGGAUCUGUCGAUAGUCAGAGGAUACGACUCACCCUCACCAUCUCCAUUGACAAUGUUGACUUUGAUACACAAGUGGGAAUGCUGCGGAUAAACGGCCGUGUUAUUGUCGAGAACCCUCAUGUCAAGCUCGGAACCUUCCAUACUAUCGAUCUGGAAAUGAACCGCAGCUUUACGCUUAUCAAACCAGAAUGGGACAUCAUUGCAUUGGAAAGGGUUCAGGAGGCAUGCGACAUUACAAAAAAGGCAGACGUUGCUGCAGUAGUCUGUCAGGAAGGCCUUGCUAACGUGUGUCUGAUGACCUCAAGCAUGACUAUUAUCCGCCAACACAUCGAUUGCCCGGUACCAAGAAAGCGUAAAGGAUCAGUUACGAAUUAUGAGAAGGGAUUGAAACGCUUUUUCGAACAAAUUUACCAGGCAAUUCUAAGGCAUAUCGACUUCGACAUUGUCAAAUGUGUUAUCUUGGGGAGUCCGGGAUUUGUGAGGGAGCAGUUGUACGAGUUCAUUUUCGCAGAAGCAGUGCGAACGGAUAACAAGACCAUCAUGCAGAACCGCAGCAAAUUCAUCAUGGUUCACACUUCAACGGGGCACAAGCAGGCGCUGCAGGAAGUCAUGAACGAUCCUACCAUCAGGACUAAGCUAGCAGAUACCAAGGCGGCCCAAGAAGUUCAGGCUUUGGACCAGUUUUACGAAAUGAUGAACAUGGACCCAGACAGGGCAUUCUAUGGAUUUAAGGAUGUCUCUAAGGCAGCUGAGCGUGGAGCCAUUGGAACACUUUUGGUCACAGACGAACUCUUCAGGGCAGCGGACAUUAUCAAGCGGCGACAGUAUAUUGCGCUGGUGGAGGAAGCACGAGCCUCGGGCGCUAAAGUUUAUGUUUUUUCCAGCCUGCACGUCUCUGGAGAGAAUUUGAACCAACUCACAGGAGUAGCGGCUAUCCUCAACUUCCCGCUGCCGGACAUUGACGACGAAGAAGAGGAACAGAUCGUGGACGACAAUCUAGAGGACGCACCAAUGCACUCCAACUACGACAAAGAGAUUUUAGAUGCUGUUUUAGGCUAA